AUGAAAGUUGACGAUUGUUUAAAUAUUGAUUCAACUGGAUCUUUAAAGAGAAAAAGCGUUUCUUCAUCAGAUCGACCGUUAAAGAUGUUGAAGAGCGGCCAUGAAAAAAAUGCAUUAAUGAUAUUAUACGAAUUAAACAUUAAUGUACAAUAUACAGUGGAAAGUGAAGGACCAGAUCAUUGUCGCAUAUUUACCGUAUCUCUUGAAAUCGAUAAUCAAAAAUUUUCCGGCCGAGGUAGUUCUAAACAAACGGCGAAACAUAUUGCUGCAGAGAAGGCAUUAGCUGCAAUUGGUUAUGUUGGUAAUUUGGUUAAAUAUUCUGAGAAAAGACACGAACACAACGUAAUGAAUACCGAUGUAGGAGGAAAACACCCCGUUGAGCUACUAAACGAACUUCAUUCGGAUUUGAAAUUUAAUGUAAUAAAAGAAAAUAAGUCAGUUCUUUUGGCGAGGUUCACAAUGAGUGUUGAAGUUUACGAUGUUAAAUUUGAAGGCUCUGGUCAAACCAAAAAGUUAGCCAAAGCUGCAGCUGCGAGAUCGGCUUUGCACACUUUGUAUGGUAUUAAUUUUUUGAAAAAUAAUGUGAAUCAGGUACCUUUACCUGAAAAAUAUUUACUCCCUCAAUCAGUAGCAAGUGGAAUAUGUAGAGGUAUUCACGAAACGUUUCAAAAA